AGUUCCAUUCCGGUUAAGCGGUUCCCUCUCCAGGGGUUUCUCGCCUCGCCGCUGCCUCUCCGCCCCUGCGAGCAGGGCUCAGCGAACAGCCGACUCCGGCGCCAUUACCAUUGUUCUUCGAGGCUGGGCCGCAGGGGAGGACUCUCGCAAGCCAGACCUCGCCUUUGGUCUCUCCCUCCGCCCCGCACCCGCGCCGCUGUAAGUCGGCAAAGUCCCUCUCGCCGAUCUUUGCCGAGGAAGCGAGUUAGCCCCUGAGCGCUCCCGAACGGCGGCCGAGGACGCACCCGAGCAUCUCCGAAUAAUCCCGACCCCUAGCAGUCUCCGGAAAGAGCCGAAGAGGCUUCCCACCCUCGGCUUCCCGAGCCAUUCCGAAAAAGCCCGAAGUUUUCCGAGCAGCCGUCCUGCCGGACUGCUGGAGGCGGCCACAGCGCCAUGUUGGAUGCUCUGCUCGUUGAGUGAAGAAAAUCCACCGGCAUCGCCUGAGCCCCGCUACCGAGAAGGGCGCCGCUUCCUCCGGGGAGGGGGAUAAAGAUCCCCCGCCGCCGGCCCAUGAGGAUAUUGCCGUGAAAGGCACAGCGACUGCAGCAGGAACCGGACCCGGCACCGGAGCGGCGGCGGCGGCGGCAGCAGCGGUACCGCCUCCUCACCCGGCGGCGGCGGCGGCGGCGGCGGCGGCAGCGGCGGCGGCGGCAGCGGCGGCGGCGGCGGCGGCGGCCCCCCCUCCUCACCCGAACAUCAGGGCCCUCCAGACCCAGGCGCCCCAACAAAUUCCUAGAGGACCUGUGCAACAGCCUCUUGAGGAUCGAAUCUUCACUCCCGCUGUCUCAGCAGUCUACAGCACGGUAACACAAGUAGCAAGACAGCCGGGAACCCCUACCCCAUCCCCUUAUUCAGCACAUGAAAUAAACAAGGGGCAUCCAAAUCUUGCGGCAACGCCCCCGGGACAUGCAUCGUCCCCUGGACUCUCUCAAACCCCUUAUCCCUCUGGACAGAAUGCAGGUCCAACCACGCUGGUAUACCCUCAAGCCCCUCAGACAAUGAAUUCACAACCUCAAACCCGUUCUCCGUACCGUCAUAGUGGCCCUCCUUAUGUUGGGCCCCCACAACAAUAUCCAGUUCAACCACCGGGGCCAGGUCCUUUUUAUCCUGGACCAGGACCUGGGGACUUCCCCAAUGCUUAUGGAACACCUUUUUACCCAAGUCAGCCGGUGUAUCAGUCAGCACCUAUCAUAGUGCCUACGCAGCAACAGCCGCCCCCAGCCAAGAGAGAGAAAAAAACUAUAAGAAUUCGGGAUCCAAACCAGGGAGGUAAAGACAUAACAGAGGAGAUUAUGUCUGGAGGUGGCAGCAGAAAUCCUACUCCACCCAUAGGAAGACCCACGUCCACACCUACUCCUCCCCAGCAGCUGCCCAGCCAGGUCCCCGAGCACAGCCCUGUGGUUUAUGGGACUGUGGAGAGCGCUCAUCUUGCUGCCAGCACCCCUGUCACUGCAGCUAGCGACCAGAAGCAAGAGGAGAAGCCAAAACCAGAUCCAGUGUUAAAGUCUCCUUCCCCAGUCCUUAGGCUAGUCCUCAGUGGAGAGAAGAAAGAACAAGAAGGCCAGGCGUCUGAAACUACUGCAAUAGUAUCCAUAGCAGAGCUUCCUCUGCCUCCAUCACCUACCACUGUUUCUUCUAUUGCUCGAAGUACAAUUGCAGCCCCCACCUCUUCUGCUCUUAGUAGCCAACCAAUAUUCACCACUGCUAUAGAUGACAGAUGUGAACUCUCAUCCUCAAGAGAAGACACAAUUCCUAUACCCAGCCUCACAUCUUGCACAGAAACAUCAGACCCUUUACCAACAAAUGAAAAUGAUGAUGAUAUAUGCAAGAAACCUUGUAGUGUAGCACCUAAUGAUAUUCCACUGAUUUCUAGUACUAACCUAAUUAAUGAAAUAAAUGGAGUUAGCGAAAAAUUAUCAGCCACAGAGAGCAUUGUGGAAAUAGUAAAACAGGAAGUAUUGCCAUUGACUCUUGAAUUGGAGAUUCUCGAAAAUCCCCCAGAAGAAAUGAAACUGGAGUGUAUCCCAGCUCCCAUCAUCCCUUCCACAGUUCCUUCCUUUCCUCCAACUCCUCCAACUCCUCCAGCUUCUCCUCCUCCCACUCCAGUCAUUGUUCCUGCUGCCGCCACUACUGUUAGUUCUCCGAGUGCUGCCAUCACAGUCCAGAGAGUCCUAGAGGAGGACGAGAGCGUAAGAACUUGCCUUAGUGAAGAUGCAAAAGAGAUUCAAAACAAAAUAGAGGUAGAAGCAGAUGGGCAAACAGAAGAGAUUUUGGAUUCUCAAAACUUAAAUUCAAGGAGCCCUGUCCCAGCUCAAAUAGCUAUAACUGUACCAAAGACAUGGAAGAAACCAAAAGAUCGGACCCGAACCACUGAAGAGAUGUUAGAGGCAGAAUUGGAGCCUAAAGCCGAAGAGGAGCUUUCAGUUGACAAAGUACUUGAAUCUGAACAAGAUAAAAUGAGCCAGGGGUUUCAUCCUGAAAGAGACCCCUCUGACUUAAAAAAAGUAAAAGCUGUGGAAGAAAAUGGAGAAGAAGCUGAGCCAGUACGUAAUGGUGCUGAGAGUGUUUCUGAGGGUGAAGGAAUAGAUGCUAAUUCAGGCUCCACUGAUAGUUCUGGUGAUGGGGUUACAUUUCCAUUUAAACCAGAAUCCUGGAAGCCUACUGAUACUGAAGGUAAGAAGCAGUAUGACAGGGAGUUUCUGCUGGACUUCCAGUUCAUGCCUGCCUGUAUACAAAAACCAGAGGGCCUGCCUCCUAUCAGUGAUGUGGUUCUUGACAAGAUCAACCAACCCAAAUUGCCAAUGCGAACUCUGGAUCCUCGAAUUUUGCCUCGAGGACCAGACUUUACACCAGCCUUUGCUGAUUUUGGAAGGCAGUCACCUGGUGGAAGAGGCGUACCUUUGUUGAAUGUUGGAUCACGAAGAUCUCAACCUGGCCAAAGAAGAGAACCCAGAAAGAUCAUCACAGUUUCUGUAAAAGAAGAUGUACACCUGAAAAAGGCAGAAAAUGCCUGGAAGCCGAGCCAAAAACGAGACAGCCAAGCCGAUGAUCCCGAAAACAUUAAAACCCAGGAGCUUUUUAGAAAAGUUCGAAGUAUCUUAAAUAAAUUGACACCACAGAUGUUCAAUCAGCUGAUGAAGCAAGUGUCAGGACUUACUGUUGAUACAGAGGAGCGGCUGAAAGGAGUUAUUGACCUGGUCUUUGAGAAGGCUAUUGAUGAACCCAGUUUCUCUGUGGCUUACGCAAACAUGUGUCGAUGUCUAGUAACGCUGAAAGUACCCAUGGCAGACAAGCCUGGUAACACAGUGAAUUUCCGGAAGCUGCUACUGAACCGUUGCCAGAAGGAGUUUGAAAAAGAUAAAGCAGAUGAUGAUGUCUUUGAGAAGAAGCAGAAAGAACUUGAGGCUGCCAGUGCUCCAGAGGAGAGGACGAGGCUUCAUGAUGAACUGGAAGAAGCCAAGGACAAAGCCCGGCGGAGAUCCAUUGGCAACAUCAAGUUUAUUGGAGAACUCUUUAAACUCAAAAUGCUUACUGAAGCCAUCAUGCACGACUGUGUGGUGAAGCUGCUAAAGAACCAUGAUGAAGAAUCCCUGGAGUGCCUGUGUCGCCUGCUCACCACCAUUGGCAAAGACUUGGACUUUGAAAAAGCAAAGCCACGUAUGGACCAGUACUUUAAUCAGAUGGAGAAAAUUGUGAAAGAAAGAAAAACCUCAUCUAGGAUUCGGUUCAUGCUUCAAGAUGUUAUAGACCUAAGGCUGUGCAAUUGGGUAUCUCGAAGAGCAGAUCAAGGGCCUAAAACUAUCGAACAGAUUCACAAAGAGGCUAAAAUAGAAGAACAAGAAGAGCAAAGGAAGGUCCAGCAACUCAUGACCAAAGAGAAGAGAAGACCAGGUGUCCAGAGAGUGGACGAAGGUGGGUGGAACACUGUACAAGGGGCCAAGAACAGUCGGGUACUGGACCCCUCAAAAUUCCUAAAAAUCACUAAGCCUACAAUUGAUGAAAAAAUUCAGCUGGUACCUAAGGCACAGCUAGGCAGCUGGGGAAAAGGCAGCAGUGGUGGAGCAAAGGCAAGUGAGACUGAUGCCUUACGGUCAAGUGCUUCCAGUUUAAACAGAUUCUCUGCCCUGCAACCUCCAGCACCCUCAGGGUCUACGCCAUCCACGCCUGUAGAGUUUGAUUCCCGAAGGACCUUAACUAGUCGUGGAAGUAUGGGCAGGGAGAAGAAUGACAAGCCCCUUCCAUCUGCAACAGCUCGGCCAAAUACUUUCAUGAGGGGUGGCAGCAGUAAAGACCUGCUAGACAAUCAGUCUCAAGAAGAGCAGCGGAGAGAGAUGCUGGAGACCGUGAAGCAGCUCACAGGAGGUGUGGAUGUGGAGAGGAACAGCACUGAGGCCGAGCGAAAUAAAACAAGGGAGUCAGCAAAACCAGAAAUUUCGGCAAUGUCAGCUCAUGACAAGGCUGCAUUAUCAGAAGAGGAACUGGAGAGGAAGUCCAAAUCUAUCAUUGAUGAAUUUCUACACAUUAAUGAUUUUAAGGAAGCCAUGCAGUGUGUGGAAGAGCUGAAUGCCCAGGGCCUACUACAUGUUUUUGUGAGAGUGGGAGUGGAGUCCACCCUGGAAAGGAGUCAGAUCACCAGGGAUCACAUGGGCCAACUACUCUAUCAGCUGGUACAGUCAGAAAAACUCAGCAAACAGGACUUUUUCAAAGGUUUUUCAGAAACUUUGGAAUUGGCAGAUGACAUGGCCAUUGAUAUUCCCCAUAUUUGGUUGUACCUUGCUGAACUGGUGACCCCCAUGUUAAAAGAAGGUGGAAUCUCCAUGAGAGAACUUACCAUAGAAUUUAGCAAACCUUUACUUCCUGUUGGAAGAGCUGGGGUCUUGCUUUCUGAAAUAUUGCACCUACUAUGCAAACAAAUGAGCCAUAAGAAAGUGGGAGCCUUAUGGAGGGAGGCUGACCUCAGCUGGAAGGACUUUUUACCAGAAGGGGAAGAUGUACAUAAUUUUCUUUUGGAGCAGAAGUUGGACUUCAUAGAGUCUGACAGUCCCUGUUCCUCUGAAGCACUUUCAAAGAAAGAACUGUCUGCCGAAGAGCUAUAUAAGCGACUGGAGAAACUCAUUAUUGAGGACAAAGCGAAUGAUGAACAGAUCUUUGACUGGGUAGAGGCUAAUCUAGACGAAAUCCAGAUGAGUUCACCUACAUUCCUUAGAGCUUUAAUGACUGCUGUUUGUAAAGCAGCUAUUAUAGCCGACUCUUCUACCUUCAGAGUGGACACUGCUGUUAUCAAGCAGAGAGUGCCGAUCUUACUCAAGUACCUAGACUCAGAUACAGAGAAGGAACUGCAAGCACUUUAUGCACUACAAGCAUCGAUAGUAAAACUUGAUCAACCUGCCAAUCUGCUGCGGAUGUUUUUUGAUUGUCUAUAUGAUGAGGAAGUGAUCUCCGAGGAUGCCUUCUACAAAUGGGAGAGCAGCAAGGACCCUGCAGAGCAGAAUGGGAAGGGCGUGGCCCUGAAAUCUGUCACGGCAUUCUUCACGUGGCUGCGGGAAGCAGAAGAGGAGUCUGAGGAUAACUAAAACUUCAAAUACACAAAACGAAACAAAAGAAACAAUUUAAGUAUUUUUUUAAAAAGUUUCACGUCUUCGCCAAUCACAGUGCAGCAAGGCCAAUUCUCGCAGAAACCCCCACGUGUGCACGAGUGGGAGAGGGGAAAGAGAAAAAAAGGUGAUCAUGGAGGAAAAAGGUACUGGAAAAAAGUAAACUUCAAACCUUAGGGCGGGAGCACUAAAACCAAAAUACAUGUAUUAUUUAUAGAAAAUAUUUUCUGUUUUAAUCUUUUCUUUUUAAACAAGGACUCAUACUUUAAAAAAUGUUUAGUAAAAAAAAAAGUUGAGAACUUUUAAUUUAUUUUAAGGACUGCAAAUGCCAGUGUAAUUUUUUAAUUUGCAGUUUCUGUAAACAACUUGUAUAAUAGAAAAGCAGAGAAAUAAAUUUCCCUCCCCUUCAAGAUGCACCUCAUGUUUGUUUUAAGGUAUGGCAUUUAGUCCAGAUUUGAGAAAGUUUGGGGUGAACAAGGUAAGAAAGAUUGUUUUUUUUUUUGGCAUCAAAUCUUUCUGCCUGCCUCUCAGCUUGCUUCAGAAAAUUUAAAAAAUCACAAUAGUAAUCAAAACAUACAUAACAUUGAAACAGAAGGAAAUGCUGUGGACCACAGAACUCCAAGAAUUGUUUAAAAAAAAAAAAAGUGCUACCCUGGGAAAAGUACUCUUAAUACUCUUGAAAUCUUUAGAGCAACUUUAAGGCUUGUAAAUACAUAGAACAAAUAUUUAAAAAAACAAAAAGAAAUUGACUCAAUACUAUUUCUUUUCACUUUGAAAAUAUAAAGAACAAAAUAAAGACAAACAUUGCAAGUUUAAAAGAAA